UUUCAGGUACUUUGUGCCUUACGGUUUUUUGCAUGUGGUUCAUACCAGCAGUCUAUAGCAAAUGAAUUCUGCCUCCAAGUCAGCCAGCCUACUGCUAGUAGAGCAGUUUCACAUGUUGCUGCUGCUAUUAACAGAAAAUUACUCAGAAAAUGGAUAAAAUUUCCAAAAACUUCAAGACAGCAGCAAGAACUGAAAACUAAUUUUAUGCGAUUGGCUGGUUUUCCUGGUGUAAUUGGGGCAAUAGACUGCACUCAUGUGAAAAUAGUGGCACCUCCACGUAAUGACAGCACUUGUCCUGAGCACAUUUUUGUUAAUAGGCAUUGCAGUCAUUCUAUAAACGUGCAAAUGAUAUGUGAUGCAAACCAAAAAAUUAUCAGUUGCAAUGCUAAGUUUCCUGGAUCAACACAUGAUGCUUUCAUAUGGAGGACAUCAGCUGUCAGAAGAAUAAUGCAAGAAAUAUCAUCGGCUGAAAAUACUACUUGGCUGUUAGGAGAUAGUGGUUAUCCUCUUGAGGAAGGUUUAUUAACUCCACGACUGGAUUCAUUAGAAAAUUCUCCUGAUCAAAGAUAUAAUGUUGCUUUGUGCAAAACAAGGAAUGUGAUAGAGAGAUGCUUUGGAGUCUUAAAAUCAAGAUUUAGUGUCUGCUAGGAGAAAAAGUUUUGCAUUACAGACCACAAGUAGCAGGAAAAAUAAUAAACGCCUGUGUAGUCCUGCACAACAUGUGCAACGCUCAUGGGCUGCCAGAUCCAGCACUUGUGGAAUGUGAAGAAAUUCCUUCAGAAAUUGAAAGAGGCACUUCACAUGCAAGAGCAAUC